AAGUAAACCACCACCAUGAGUACGGACGCGGAGAUGGCCAUUUAUGGCAAAGCUGCCAUUUACCUUCGUAAGCCAGAGAAGGAGAGAAUUGAGGCUCAAAGUGCACCAUUUGAUGCCAAGAGUGCCUGCUACGUGGCUGAUGUCAAGGAGCUGUACUUGAAGGCAAAAAUCCUCAAGAAAGAUGGUGACAAAGUCACCGUCGAAGUCCUGAACACUAAGGAGGAGAGGACAGUAAAAGAAUGUGACGUCCAUCCAAUGAACCCUCCCAAGUAUGACAAGAUUGAGGACAUGGCCAUGAUGACCCAUCUCAAUGAAGCCUCUGUGCUGUAUAACCUCAAAGAGCGUUAUGCAGCAUGGAUGAUCUACACCUACUCUGGGUUGUUCUGUGCCACUGUGAACCCCUACAAGUGGCUCCCAGUGUAUGAUGCUGAAUGUGUAAGUGCCUAUAGAGGCAAGAAGCGUAUGGAGGCUCCACCCCACAUCUUCUCUGUCUCUGACAACGCUUUUCAGUUCAUGCUUACUGAUAGGGAGAACCAGUCUGUCUUGAUCACUGGAGAAUCUGGUGCUGGAAAGACUGUGAACACCAAGCGUGUCAUCCAGUACUUUGCUACAAUCUCAGUUGGUGGACCGAAGAAGGACGACGCAAAGGGUUCAUUGGAGGAUCAGAUUAUUGCAGCCAAUCCCCUGCUGGAGGCCUAUGGUAACGCCAAAACUAUUAGGAAUGACAACUCUUCUCGUUUUGGUAAAUUCAUCAGAAUCCAUUUCGGCACAACUGGCAAACUGGCUAGUGCUGAUAUUGAGACAUAUCUGCUGGAGAAGUCUAGAGUGACAUACCAGCUUUCUGAUGAGAGAGGCUACCACAUCUUCUUCCAGAUGAUGACCGGCCACAUCCCUGCUAUACUUGAUAUGGCCCUCAUCACCACCAACCCCUACGACUUCCCCAUGUGUAGCAUGGGUCAGAUCACUGUGGCCAGCAUUGAUGACAAAGUUGAGCUGGAAGCCACUGAUAAUGCCAUUGAUAUCCUGGGCUUCACCAAUGAAGAGAAGGUGAGCAUCUACAGGAUGACUGGUGCUGUGCUUCACCAUGGUAACAUGAAGUUCAAGCAGAAGCAGCGUGAGGAGCAGGCUGAGCCUGAUGGCACAGAGGAGGCUGACAAGGUUGCUUACUUGCUGGGUCUGAACUCCGCUGACAUGCUCAAGGCUCUGUGCUAUCCCAGAGUGAAGGUCGGAAAUGAGUUUGUCACCAAGGGACAGACUGUACCUCAGGUGAUGAAUGCAGUGCCUGCCCUGGCCAAGUCUAUCUAUGAGAGGAUGUUCUUGUGGAUGGUUCUCCGUAUCAACCAGAGUUUGGACACUAAACAAGCAAGACAGUUCUAUAUUGGUGUCCUGGAUAUUGCUGGUUUUGAAAUAUUUGAUUUCAACACCUUGGAGCAGCUGUGCAUCAACUUCACCAAUGAGAAACUGCAACAGUUUUUCAACCACACCAUGUUUGUCCUGGAGCAAGAGGAGUACAAGAAGGAGGGUAUUGUCUGGGAUUUCAUUGACUUUGGCAUGGACUUGGCUGCCUGCAUUGAGCUCAUUGAAAAGCCCAUGGGUAUCUUCUCCAUCCUUGAAGAGGAGUGCAUGUUCCCCAAGGCAACAGACACGUCCUUCAAGAACAAGCUGUAUGACCAGCAUCUUGGCAAAAACAAAGCAUUUGAGAAGCCCAAACCUGCCAAAGGCAAGAUUGAGGCCCACUUCUCCCUGGUGCACUACGCCGGUACCGUGGACUACAAUAUCACUGGCUGGCUGGACAAGAACAAGGAUCCACUGAAUGAGUCCGUCGUUCAGCUGUACCAGAAAUCCCCAGUGAAACUGCUGGCUGUUCUGUAUCCUCCCGUUGUUGAGGAAACUGGUGGUGGAAAGAAGGGUGGCAAGAAGAAGGGUGGUUCUAUGCAGACUGUGUCUUCACAGUUUAGGGAGAACUUGGGCAAGCUGAUGACUAACUUGAGGAGCACCCAUCCUCACUUUGUGCGCUGCCUGAUUCCCAAUGAGUCAAAAACUCCCGGUCUGAUGGAGAACUUCCUGGUCAUCCACCAGCUCAGGUGUAACGGUGUGCUGGAGGGUAUCAGAAUCUGCAGAAAGGGUUUCCCCAGCAGAAUCCUCUACGCUGACUUCAAGCAGAGGUACAAGGUGCUGAAUGCCAGUGUCAUCCCCGAGGGCCAGUUCAUUGACAACAAGAAGGCUUCAGAGAAGCUGCUUGGGUCAAUUGAUGUUAAUCAUGAUGAGUACAAAUUUGGACACACCAAGGUGUUCUUCAAGGCCGGUCUGCUGGGUGUCCUGGAGGAGAUGAGAGAUGAGAAACUGGCAACUCUGGUCACCAUGACUCAGGCUUUGUGCCGUGGUUACCUCAUGAGAAGAGAGUUUGUGAAGAUGACAGAGAGGAGGGAUGCUAUAUAUACCAUUCAGUACAAUGUCCGCUCAUUCAUGAAUGUCAAACACUGGCCAUGGUAA